GACGAUUAUCAACGUUCUCUACCGCGCUUCAUCUCAUGUCGCAAAUGCGUAAUUGAACUUAAUACGGCAACAGGUGGAGAUAGUUGAUAGUUUCAGCAAAUUUAUAUCGUUCUCGUCAGAAAAAGAUGGAGGAAACUGAAGAAAGAGUACCAAAAACUGUUCCAAAUAUGUUGACACGCACGAAUACGGCUUCCUUGUUUCUAACUCGGCUAAAGGCUAAACGCUCAUCGUCUAAGCAAGAUGAGCUUGAAAGUGGUCGAGUUCAAUAUGAACCGUCAUUACCUGAUGACUCGAUAAGUCCUUCCAUGGAAGAUUACUUCAUCAUCAGUGAACAUACCACUUCCGAUGAAAUCGACCGUACUUCACUACGCAUCAAUGAAGAUCUUAUUAAAAAUAUUCUUACAGAACACAAAAGGCAUAUGGGUUAUAAAUCACAAAUCUUGGAGAAUCUAGAAUCAGGCAAAAUGGAUGAAAUAAACAUAAAUACGAUCUUUGCAGACAUCAAGUCUAAUGAAAUCGAUAUUUUAUUGCUACAAGCGAGUUUUUUAGGUCGUAUGAAUCUCAUUCAUCAUUUGUGCAAAUGUGGAGCUAAUAUUAAUUACACCGAACCUAAUCAUGGUCUUACCCCCUUGCAUUUAUGUGCCUUUCGGAAUUGUCUGGAUGGAGUCAAAUAUUUGAUAGAACAAGGCGCGAGCAUUGAUACCAAAUCGAAGCACACGGCAUUUCAUUAUGCCGCUUUUGGAGAUGCCUUCGACGUAGCUCAGUAUUUCAUGCAACGAGAUAUCAGUCAGCUAUCUCCGUAUGAAGCUGAAGAAACUGUAUUGCAUGUGGCUUCACGGACUGACGCCUUGCGCGUACUUUCUUUACUGGCACCGAACAAUAAAGAAUUGAAUCGUUUGGAUCAGGACGGAUACGCUGCUAUUCAUCAUGCAGCCAAUGGCGGAGACAAAGUUUGUUUGGAUAUACUUCUGAAAGCCGGUUGUCAAGUGGAUUUACUUACCAGAAAGAACGACACUGCUUUGCACUUGGCUGCGGAAGUUGGUUGCGUGAGUAACUUGACUCUUUUGGUCAAGGCAAACGCUAAUCUUCAGCUGAAGAAUCAUCGAGGAUACACGGCCUUGCAUUUAGCCGCUCGUUCGCAUUCUCUGGAAUGCGUGGAGAUUUUAUUGAAAGGUCGCGCGGAUCCUAAUGUGGAAGAUAACGAGGGUCGAACAUCUUUGCAUCUGGCUCUAGGUAAGUCUCUGAUGACCGACGACAUUACUGAGCUGCUGCUGAAAUGGCGGGCGAAUGUAAAUAAGGCAGACAUGUACGGUUAUACGCCUCUACACAUCGCUGCAUCGAACGAGCUAUCACGAUGCGUGAAUCUAUUGAUAAAACACGAAGCAGACCUCAGUGCCAGGACCAUCGGUGGUAACAGUGCCCUAUCCAUCGUUCUGCGUAAGACCCCGACAUCCCUGGACGUGUUCGAACGUAGACUGGACAAGUCUCUAACUUUGAGCCGACAGGGAUUCAUCGCAGGCAAGCUCGAGUUACAACUGGACUUCCGUCCGUUGCUUCAACAUCGGCGGAACCGUUCGUCCGAGACCGGUUAUCUGAAUACCUUUGUGAAGGAAGGCUACAAGGAAAUUCUGGAACAUCCUUUGUGCCAGUCUUUCCUUCAUCUCAAGUGGCAUAAGAUCCGAAAGUAUUACAUCGCCCGAUUGCUUUUCUAUCUGAUAUAUGUGUUGAUCCUUACAAGCUGGGUAAUAGCCGCCCUCGCUCAUAAUUGUUACAAUGAAUCAAAAGGUUAUUACAUGCACAAUAAACCGUUGUGCUCGAGCGCAACUGGGAUUUAUGGAUUUUUUUAUAGACAUCCUACACUACUCGAGAUUCACUGGUACGCGCUGAUGAUGCUCACCAUACUCGAGGCUUGUCGCAAGUUCGCCGUUAUUUCCAGUUACCGAUCUGUUAGACAAUUUUUCACGCAGGUGGAGAAUCUAGUCGACUGGUGCGUGAUAUUGAGUGUGUUUGCCACCUCUUUCGUGUAUACGGGAAAAACAUAUGUCUGGCAAAGACACUUAGGCGCCUUCGCCGUACUUUGUGGUUGGAGCAAUCUGAUGCUGAUGAUUGGACAGCUUCCUGUGUUCGGUGCUUACGUCGCCAUGUUUACUAGUGUGCAGGCACAAGUGUUUAAGUUACUUUUGGCCUACGCCUGUCUGCUAGUGGGCUUUACGGCGAGCUUCUGUGUGAUCUUUCCAUAUUCCAAUUCAUUCAGCAGUCCGCACAUAGGUCUUAUUAAGGUCCUCGCAAUGAUGACCGGCGAUUUAGGCUUUGAUUCUUACUUAAUCUCAUCUGAUAAGAGUGGCAUCUACGAGAAUAAUGAAGGAGCUUCCUGGAUUUUGCUACAAAUUUCGGCCCAACUCUUUUUCGUGUUAUUCCUUCUAUUUGUCACGAUCGUGCUGAUGAAUUUAUUGAUUGGUAUAGCCGUGCACGAUAUCAAGGGUCUUCAAAAAACGGCGGGUCUUGCAAAACUCGUUCGCCAAACAAAAUUGAUCCACGACGUUGAGAUUGCAAUUUUCCUAGGAUUUAUGCCGUCGAAACGCUUCAUCAAAUGCAUGCGAUGGACCACGCUACUCCUGCCAUCACCUUUACGAGCCGUUUUGACUGUUCGUCCACUAAGUCCCAGAGAGAAGAGAUUACCACGUGAUGUUCUUUCGGCUGCUUACAAAAUAGCCAAGGAAAGAGAUAGACAGAAUAAUUACAUCGCGUCACGCAGAAAAAUUUAUAGCGCAAAAGCGGGUUUCAAAGGCGACAUGACCAUGUAUCGUCGUCGUGAUUUCAACGAGGAUACGCUGCAACACAAUUGUGACAAAUUUAAAGACGAAAUCGCGGAAGUCAAGGAGAUUUGCGAGAAAAAUCAUACUCUCCUUCAGGAACUCAUAAAAGCUCAUAAAUUAAAUAAACGUCUUGCCCCUCUGCUCGUAAAUUCCUCUUCCCACACGAAUGGCAGAGGCGUAUGCAGAGUACGUCAUGCAGUACGUGUAGUGCGAUCGUACAAACUAGUUAAGCUCGCUGUAAUGCUCGCUGAAUUGUCAAUUGUACACUGGUCAAUGAUAGGCAUCUUGAAUCGAAUUCAAACGAGUAUGUAUGAGAACGAUCGAGAUUCGUUAGGAGAAAGUGCCAAAGUAAAAAAUCUCGAGACGAACAAUCUGGAAACACCAACUAUUUUGAAUGAUGAGGAACAUUUUUAUUCCAAAAGCUUCAACAAAAGUUGUCACAAAAGCGAUCCUCUGUCCGUAAGAUUAACUCCCACUUAUAGAUCAUUGAGAUAUGCAUAUGCAGAGGAUUAUCCGCAAAAAAUUGUGAUCGAUGAUGCAACCAUAUUCGAUAACGAUCAAAUCGAGAUCGACGCAGGUGUACCACCACCAGUCGAUGACUCUCUCUUCUUUGACAAUCUGGAAAUUCUGGAAUGUCACAAGAAUCAUUACGUGAAUGGUGCCAAAUUGAGAUCGGCUAUAUGGUCUAUCGUCGACACGAUGGAGACGAGAUUAUUACAGUACAUGGAAAAGAGUCGCACGCUUCCGAACGCGUGCAAAAGCGAGAAUCUACGAAACGUUGCUUACAUCUGGGCGUCCUAUCGUGGUCUGCUUCAUCUUCUGCCGGAAUUGGAGAAUGCCGGAGCACGUUACGACUACGUCGAACCGCGGACCGGUGUGAACGCUAUCCUCGCGGCUUCGUUGGGUGACAAAGUCGCCUGCGUGGAGUAUCUGAUCGCGAAGGGUGCCAACGUGAAUUACGAGAGCCCCAUCAUUCAUUACACACCUCUUCAUUUCGCAGCGCUCGGUAAUAGCUGGCACGCCGCAGCUACAUUACUGGAUCAUGGCGCCAAGCUCAAUUAUGUCUGUCAGGAAGUGGUCGAGCCAAUUCUACAUAGUGCCAUCCGCGCGAAGGCGGUGGAGACAGUGAAGCUGCUGCUCGAGCGUGGUGCCAGUGUUGUCGAAAAGAAUCAUUUGGGCCAGACACCGUUGCACGUGGCCUGUUUCGUACAAUCGAUACCAUGCGUCGAGCUACUUUCAGCCAGCGCGCCCAACGUGAACGCUGUGGAUAGGGAGCACAGAACACCCCUGCAUUUCGCCGUGAUGAGCACAGACUCAUCCGCCGAGUUAGUACAGUUGUUGCUGAAAUGCGGCGCUUUGAUAAAUGCGGCCGAUCGGACAGGUUUCACGCCUCUUCACAUUGCCGCACUGAACGAACAAUCUCAAUGUGUGGAUGCGCUCAUCUGGGCGGGUGCUGACAUCAGCGCGACCACGUGCACUGGAUUAUCCGCUCUGAAUAUUAUAUUGAAGAAAAUUCCUGAGUCUCUGCACGUGUUCCGACAGCGGUUGGACGCUUCCAUUAGACUGACCCGACCGGUAUCACAUAAUCGUGAGUUUGAAAUGAGACUGCACUUCGACAUUCUCUUCCCCAGCGGUAAUCAGUGCGAAACCAGCUUCAUAAAUACUUUUGUACAAGAGCGUCGAAAGGAUUUGUUGUCGCAUCCUCUAGUUAUGGCCUUCCUACACCUCAAAUGGGAGAAAAUUCGCAAACUCUAUUUGCUGAGAAUAUUUUUGUAUUCUAUGACAGUGAUAUGCUUGACUACUUACGUACUGACUGCGUUAGCGUAUAAAUGUUAUAAUCAAAACGAAACCAAUAGCUCCAAGAUAUGCGGCAGUAGACGACCGUCUGACUUUUUCUUCCGAAAAUCAAUCAUCGAGAUUGAAUGGUACCUUGCGCUGGUUCUGACAUGCAUCACCAUACCAAGAAAAAUAUAUGGCUUCAUGGUUUACAAAUCAGCAUUACAGUAUUUUUCCAGCAUUGACAACGUGUUGGACGGUGUAGUAAUUGUGAGUGUAUUCGUUACAUCCUUCGUGUAUACUGGGCGUACUUACGACUGGCAGAAUUACGUCGGCGCGUUUGCCGUUCUUUGCGCCUGGACCAAUCUAAUGCUGAUGGUGGGUCAAUUACCGGCCUUCGGUACCUAUGUUGCUAUGUUUACGCACAUCCAGUUCGAGUUCGCCAAACUUUUGUUAGCAUAUUCGGGCCUGCUGAUUGGUUUCACUAUCAGCUUCUGUGUGAUAUUCGCCAGCGAACCCGCGUUCGGCAAUCCUUUCACUGGGUUGAUCAAAGUCUUGGCUAUGAUGGUCGGUGAAUUGGACUUCGAAGGAUUCAUUAACCAGAUGGAUGAUAAACCGAUGGGCGGCUCUUUUGUCAUUUAUCAUCCUAUUUUAUCAGUGUGUUCGCAGAUUCUCUUCACGCUCUUUAUAGUAUUCGUUACUGUGAUUCUGAUGAACUUGCUGGUUGGUAUCGCCGUACAUGAUAUACAAGGUCUGAGGAAUCAUGCAGGGCUUACGAAGCUAGUAAGGCAAACGAAAAUGAUCCUCUUUACGGAAAUGGUAUUGCACAACACUGCAAUCCCAUAUGCCUUCCGGAAAUGGAUGUCGGAUCACAAGAUUGAUGUUGAAAACAGGAAACGGGUUCUUGUGGUAAAACCGCUUAAUCCCCUCGAGAAACGAUUGCCUAAGGAUAUAAUGAAAGCCGCUUAUGAGAUAGCACAGAAGAAUAUUCCUUCGUUUAUGAAUGAUGAUAUCAAUUUGAGCGAUCGUGCUGUUUGGUUGAAACAACGACACAAUGGAUUCUCCGACGGAGCUCUAGAAAUGACAUUUGAGAAACUGAUUGCUAUGAUGAAAGUGAAUGAAGAUGCUAUAAAAUUGUUGAGAAUACAGUUGCUAGAAAUGAACAAGAUGUUGGAAAACGUCGCAACAAAAUUGACGAAAGAAGAACAUACUACUUCAUUAUAAUUUUAAUAAUUUAAUAUUGAUUAUAUUUCCAUUACUUCUUACAAAUAUGACUGAUAAAGUAGAUAUCGAAGCCACAGUUAAUGGUGGAGGGCCUACUG